CACUUGCCCAUCGAUUUCACAGUCAUAAGACCUCCAGUAACGGAGAUCCGAGGGAAGAACGAUUCUUCUGCGAUUUUCUGCCGAACUUUUUGCAGGCCCUAUCGGUAUACCAGCCAGCCUAGGCUUGCAUACACCAGAGACUCACCAUCUACCACAAAUCGAUGUCUCAAGCUGAAAUCCGGAAUUAUGCUACGUCUUCUGACGACACUGGCUUUAAAGAGUCAACGACCAAGUCGGUUUCUUUAACUACAUUGUGGCGUCGUAAACAUGGAAUGCCGACGAUUCAACAAAAUGCAGAAAAGCAAAGAUAUCUUACGGCCGAGGAAGAGCAGAUCUUGUCUGUCUAUGCUGCUCGCCUCCUCGACGCAGGGUCAACUUCGAUAUCAAAUUACGUACGCAAUCAAGCCUUCGAGAUUAAAUGUCGGCGCUCAAGAGCUCCGGGCCUACAUCGAAUAGCCCAACAGAUUCGACCUCCCGGCAAAGGUUGGGCUAAUACGUUCCUUGAACGCCACAAAGAGGAACUGCGAAUAGAAAAGCCCGAGCGUUGUACUUGGCAACGGAAAUCGUUACUUUUGGGUGAUAAGGUUGCAGACUUUGUAGCCUCACUUUCGGAUGUGAAGCAGCUUUGCUUGGAGUGCGCAAAGAUUAAGGUGAAGCUCAAGAGUCUGAUGACACGGAUCCGAUAUAACAAAUCACGGAGACUUCACACCUUCGAAGGCUCGCUGAGAGCAGCUGAUGUGUCUUCCUGUAAGCUCUGCUGCUUUGUCCUGACCUGUUCGAGGAACUGGAAUUGGCCAACUGCCACCAAAUACUCAUUGAAUGUUCACCAUAUGGAGAACGUUCUCGGACCUACGCUUGCCGAAAGCAAAAUUUUACUCAGCUUGGCCAUCGAGGAUGAGCACAGCAAAGGAGAGUAUCGUGGUUGGAUUGUCCCGACAUUGCUCGACAAUGCUGGCGACGUCAGCGACCCAUCCUGGAGCUCUCUGACCAAUACCGUCAACUUCGCCAUGGUACGGGACUGGCUUAAAUUUUGUGACUGCAAUCAUUCGAAUGGCUGCAGAAUGACCAGUCGCGACAAUAUCCCCUUCUUCCGACUUAUCAACUGCACCAGCCGUUUGAUUGUUGAUGCACCUCCUGAAAGCGAGUUUGCCGCAUUAAGCUAUUGUUGGGAACCUGGUGAACAGCAACCACAAAGGAAGCUCAACAAACUGCCCAAGGUUGUGCCUCUAGCAAUCGAAGAUGCACUCGAUGCUGCUAGAAAACUUGCCAUUCCUUACCUGUGGGUAGACCGCUACUGCAUUGAUCAGGACAAGGAUUCACCCAUCAAACCUAUACAACUACAGAACAUGCACAAAGUCUACAGAUCCGCGUAUGUCACGAUUGUUGCCGGAUAUGGAGACCGCCCUGGAUUUGGCCUUCCGGGUGUGUCAACAAGAGCACGAAAGCCACAGAGUUCAGUCGAUACGCAUGGUCAUCGACUGAUUUGCAUUCCAGACGCUGUAAGGGAAGUACAAGAUUGCCCAUGGUCAACGCGCGGGUGGACUCUGCAAGAAAACCUUCUAUCAAGACGACGCUUGGUAUUCACUGAAACUCAGACGUAUUUUCAGUGCUGGCACAUGCAUUGCUGUGAGGCCAUUCCGACCAAUCUCACAAGAGCACACACAAAAGAUCUAACACGGUUCAAAGAGUUUAACCAAACUUUCCGAGUCUUCCCACAGAAAGGUAUAGGAAAAACAGGAGCUGAGAUCGAGAUGCGGAUCCAGGAGUACCUUAGUAGACACCUAUCUCGAGAAUCAGACGCCCUGAACGCUUUCCUUGGGAUCUUCCAGGCCUUCCAAGAAAUUGAACACCCUGUUAAUAAUUUCUGGGGACUUCCAAUGAGUAGGUUUGGCUGGACAAAAAAUGUUGUGCAGCAACCAAACAGAUUCACUGAGGUUGACCAACUUUAUUCAACUUUCCUCUCCUCGCUGGCGUGGUCGAACGACCUAUAUGAUCAUACCAACGCGCAUGUACUGGAAAGGAGACACGCUUUUCCAUCUUGGACUUGGGCCGCCUGGACAUCCCUUCGCAAAUUUUCCCGGAAGUCCAUCACUAGGGACUCUGUGUCUCCAUCGGUAAAAUUUCCAUUACGUCAAGGCCAAUGUGUACAGCUUGAAAAUUACGAGCAAAUGUUAGGCUCUAGAAACAGUCUUUCACUAUUCCAGCCAUGUAUUCUUUUGAGCGGAUGGGUGACUACUCUUUGGUUUUCCGAGGAUUGUUCUGAUGGAGACGCUAUUCCAAAGUUUAAGGUUCAGUCCCCCAUACCAACUCAUAAAGUAUCUAUACUUGCGGACCUCCAGACCCUGGAACAGUUUCGGCGAAAUUCUGUGUCUGAACCUUCCCCGGUUCUUCUUUUGGGCGGUGGAUCAUCCGAACACAAUGCUGCUGUUACAUCCUAUUGCUGGAAAGACGUACAAGCGAUAAUCUUGCAAAGUCUGCCGGAUGGGACAUACAUGCGCUUGGGGGUUGUGACCUGGAGCUGCCUAGGAAGGCCCAGUAUUGACGAAAGUCAGGGCGUAAUGAGGGUAAAAGAGUUAUUUGAAGCUCGACGAGUGGUUCCUUGUUGUCAAUGCGGAUGUCAGAUGUCGACUGAAGCCUCUUUUGACCGCUACUUGGAGGAUGACAGCAAUUUGAUGGAGUUCAAGAAUGCGACCAUUCGACUAGUCUAGAAAACUCAAGCUACUAGUAUUGUGGUCAACGUGGCUGUGACGUAACCUCUUGCGGACAAUCAUAAAACAUUGUUGUUGCGGUAUCCGUUGGUCUGUACAGUGUCUGACUAUACCCUUGACUGACCACCCUGGACUAGUGUGUUACAGGUCAGGUGUAUAGUCGUCUCCUCUUAACUAGAUAGCAAUACAGCGCAGUAUUCCAUCG